GAAAUCAGGAUGGAAACUGAUGCAAUGUAUUCCCCUCCCCGGAUACUGGCUCCGGGAGCACCACCACCGCGGCUGCCCGCAGUCCUAGGUCUAAUGCACGUCUGACUGCCCCGUGUCCUUGUUUGCACCGAGUGGCUGGCUGUCUCUAAAACCCCUUGCGUUUCUCCAGCACUUUUGUCUACCUUCGAUUUUCCAGCACCUGCAGUUCCUUCCUAAACAUUGUAGCGAGUUCCCCAACUCCCUACCCCAGGGGAACGGAGGUGUUCAAAUCUCACCCUUCCGACCCAAUGAUCUUUGAUUCCGACUGCUCCAUUGAACCGGCUCCCACCUAGGCAGUGAUCUCAUUUUAAAAUCACUUUGAGACUCAAGAAUCAAGAUCGUGUUUAAUGAUCACAUAUCCCGAAAAUGGAACAAUGAAAUUCUUUACUUGUAGCACGCAACAGAGGUACACUAGCACCAAAAUGGCUACAGCCGUUGAAAUAAAAGCUAUCAUGCGGAUUGCUGAUGCAGUUUGCUUUGAUGUAGACAGCACAGUAAUAAAAGAAGAAGGAAUUGACGAGUUGGCAAAGUUUUGUGGAGUCGGGGAUGCUGUGGCAGAAAUGACACAGAAUGCAAUGGGUGGAAAUAUCUCAUUUAAGACGGCUUUAACGGAGCGCCUAGCUUUAAUCCAACCUUCACGAGAUCAAGUGAAUAGACUUAUAAUUGAUCAACCCCCUUGCUUAACUGAGGGCAUGAUGGACCUGGUUGAUCGACUUCAACAGCGGAACGUGCAAGUCUUCCUGAUCUCUGGUGGAUUCCAUUCCAUUGUGGAACACGUAGCAGCAAGGAUCAAUAUUCCCCUGAACAAUGUCUAUGCAAACAAGCUGAAAUUUCAUCUCAAUGGUGAUUACGCUGGUUUUGAUGAAACACAACCAACAGCAGAAUCUGGUGGGAAAGGCCGGGUCAUAGGUCUUCUGAAAAAAGAAAGAGGAUUUAAGAAGGUCGUUAUGAUUGGGGAUGGAGCCACAGACUUGGAGGCAUGCCCGCCUGCAGAUGCAUUUAUCGGAUUUGGUGGGAAUAUUAUCCGACAACAAAUAAAGGAGAAAGCCAAAUGGUUCGUCACAAGCUGUCAAGAAAUUACUGCAGAACUGGAACAGUAACUAUAAUUUAAAUAAAAGACAACGUACUUUAUUAAAAUAUAUAUAUAAGGAAAACAUCUUGAGUGCAUUAUAAUAAAUUAAAUCUAAUAAAUUGUUCCUUUC